CACCACCAAGCUGUCACCUACGAUGCGCCUCUCCACGUCCAUGAUUAUUGAUGGAGUCGAUAUCUAGAAUAUCCAGCUUGCUGGAGAGUGCACGAGAACUGACACUCGAUGCCGCCCAGUCUGCACGGAGCUCACGAAGCACCCCGAAAGCUUUACCAGCAGCUCAAAUCAAGAAGCUACUGGACAGCCGGAAUGACAGAGAGGUAUUAGAAGGGUUGAGGAAGGUCAUCUCUAUGAUGUACCGAUCCCAACCAUGCCUUCCAUUUUUCUCAUCUGUCGUCAAGAACGUAGCAUCUCCCAAUAUCGAAAUUAAGAAACUGGUCUACAUCUACCUCAUCAACCACGCCGAACAAGAACCAGACCUCGCGCUCCUCUCUAUAAACACGAUCCAGAAGUCACUAUCGGAUGGCAACCCUCAGGUCCGAGCCCUGGCGCUCAAAACUAUGUCUGGAAUACGGGUACCUGUCAUUAGUCAGAUUGUGUCGUUGGCAAUUAAGAAAGGUCUAGGAGAUAUGAGUCCGUACGUUAGGAAAGCUGCUGCGCUGGCAAUACCAAAGUGCUACAGACUGGAUCCGAAUACGCUUCCUCAACUACUAGAGUAUCUUUCGGCAUUGUUGGGGGACAAGCAGUACUACGUGGCUGGAGCGGCGGUCAAGGCGUUCAUGGAGAUAUGUCCAGAGAGAAUAGACCUCAUCCACAAGCAUUAUCGGGGACUGGUCAAGAAGCUAGUCGAUAUGGAUGAAUGGAGUCAGUUGGAAACCAUGAGGCUUAUGACGAUAUAUGCCAGGAAAUGCUUUCCUAGAAGAACAAGGAAGUUGAAGAAAAGUAAUGGCGCUAAGGACUUCUACGGAGACGAGAAGGACGAGGAAGAAGAUGCUGGGGAGAUGGUUGAGAUCCUUGAUCCGGACCUCGAACUGCUCCUCAAAAGCAUCAAACCUCUCCUUCAGAGCCGGAACUCAGCAGUUGUGGUCGCUGUCACUCGAUGCUAUGUCAGCGUCGGCACUCAAGAAUACAUCAAUGCCUCAAUUGGACCCUUGAUAGCUCUGAUACGAGGACCACAAGAUAUUCAGCACAUCGCAUUAUACAACAUUGUCUCUGUUUGUCUCACAAGGCCAGAAGCUUUUGUCAAAUAUGCAUCUUAUUUCUUGGUUCAUGCUACAGAUCCACCACAAGUCUGGGAGCUAAAACUAGAACUGCUUACACUUAUAUUUCCACACGCUGAUGCUUACCUGAAGAGUCUCAUCUUGAAUGAGCUCGAACAUUUUUCACAAGGUUCUGACAGAGAACUCGUUCGAGAAUCAGUCCGUGCUAUCGGAAGAUGUGCACAGAGUGAUACUAGAACAUCAGCACGAUGUCUUCGACUCCUGCUGAAACAAAUCACCAGCUUAGAUGGAAAUCUUGUGGCUGAAUCAUUGACUGUCAUCAGACAUCUGAUCCAGCAAGAUCCGGGAUCGCAUACCAACACCGUGGUACGCCUAGCCAAGAACCUCGAUACCGCCACGAACCCCCGAGCAAGAGCAUCGAUCAUUUGGCUUGUAGGAGAGUUUGCUGGCAUCGAUGGCGAGAAUAACAUAGCUGCAGAUGUCCUUAGAAUUCUUGCCAAGGGCUUUGCAGACGAAGCAGAGCCAGCCAAAUUGCAAAUUGUUUUGCUGGCGGCAAAAGUGUACCUUCAUCAUCUCAAUCGCGAACCACCAGUAGAAUCCACGAAACCUACCUCACCGCCACCUUCCCACGACUACUCACCAGCCAUCGGCAACGAAGGCUUUGCCGAAUUUGAUGAGAAAUCAGAGUCUACGUAUGCACCGCAACAGCAAACAGAGGCUGAACACCCAAUCGUCACGCUUUGGAAUUACAUCCUCCUCUUAGCACGAUACGACACGUCGUAUGAUCUUCGAGACCGAACAAGACUAUACAAAGCACUCCUAGGAGUGCCAUCUUCUACUCAAUUAGCAAGUCUCAUGCUGCUCGCUCCCAAACCUGUCCCGCAUACGCCCAGCCCAUCUGAAAGCCGGACCGGGUUCACCCUUGGUUCGGCUAGUCUUGUUGUUGGCGAAACGGGUGGACUGCAUGGAUUGAGAGGCUACGAAGCACUGCCAGACUGGGUAGAGGCUGGGAAUGAACCUGAUCCUUCGUUGCGUGAAGUAGAUACGACCAAGUCUGAAUACGAUUCAAGCAGACUCGUACCGGCCGGGGAGCGUCUAGAUAGUGCUGUUAGAGAUUCGAGUUCGAGGUUAGGGACAUCGCCAUCGUCGACUAAUGGCUUUAGUGGUGGAGGUGCCAAGGAGAAAACACUUGAUGACUGGCUCGCGGAAGGAGAAAACGCGGCAGACGAAAGUGAGGAUGAAAGCGAAGAAGAGACGGAAGAGGAAGAAUCCAGCGAGGAGGCAUCAGAAGACGAAGAAAGCAGCGAAGACGACGAAGAUGAGCACAAUAGACUUGUCAAAUGAUAGGUAAUACAUAAGGCGACGAAACUGCUCCGCGUUAGAAGUCAAAAUAUCAAUCAUAAAGCCCAGACUAGGAGGCAUUUAAG